AUGUUAUCAAAUGAGCAGGUAGGCGAACGAGUUUCGCGUCUAACUUUUGAGUAUUAUGAGAAGCUCAAGGACAGUGGGAAACCUACCACACGAUCCAAUGGUGCGAAAGAAUGGACUGUUUUAUCUUCAGUAGUUGCCAUUGAUGAAAGCGCAGAGAGUAUAAGACUGAUCUCACUUGCGACAGGCGUUAAGGCAACACCAAACUUGGAGCUGGGUAGAAGUGAUGGCAAGAUUUUACACGACUGCCACGCAGAAAUACUUGCAGUUCGUGGAUUUAACACUGUUUUGAUGCGCCAGGCCAUAAUGUUGCAGGAUGGCCGGCAUUCGGAAGCAGAUUGUGAUCUGAUAGAAAAAUCCACCGAGGGGUUGGCUGUUAAAGGGUCGUGGAGUUUUGCACUUUAUGUUUCAAGAGCUCCUUGUGGAGAUGCUAGCAUGGAUUUGCUCAAGAGCGACGAUUCUGCCUCGUUUACGGAAGACGAUCACUGUCAGUACGCAGAUCCAAAUGUGAAAACUGUGUUACGGGGCCGCUUCAACUACAAAAAGAGGGGUUUUGUCCGAACUAAGCCUGGUAGGAAAGAUUCCAGUGUAACUUUGUCGAAAUCUUGCACAGACAAGCUUUGCUGUCGUCAAUUUCUGUCGUUGUUCAACGCCUUGAACUGGGAUCUUUUCUUGCAACCGGUUUUCUUGAAAUACCUGGUAGUGCCGCAGGUCACCGAAGCACUCAAGUCAGGUUUUAAUAGAGCCUUCAAUCAAAGAAUCUCCACGGUCCCCAUAGCGCAUCAUCUGAAGCUAAUAUCAUGCGAAAAAUCAUUCUCUAGAGAUAAAACUGACGACAGCCAGGUUCCGGCAUUUUUAGGAGCAGUUCUUUUACAUAUUUCGCCGGCCCUGGCAUUGGAACAGCAGUGCAUAGUAAACGGAGUAAAGAAUGGGUCCUACGUGAAAGCUCCCAAGCCACUGAGAAAACGCUGCGAAACUGUUGUUAGUCGGGCGAGUCAAUGGAGCCUAUACAAGCGUUUAAAACAAGUAGAUGACCACGUUACCUACUGCGAUUUUAAGAAUCGACAGUUGGGUAGAAAUGCUCUCAAACUAAAGAUCCGCUUGGCACUAUCGAGCGAUGGGUGGGUACCUACAAAACACGACGAUUGCAUUUGA